AUGUCUGCGGACGAGAGAGUGCGUCCGACAAAACUGAAAUUCAAGGGGGAGAAGACGAAGAAGAAGCGUAAACGAGAGGACGGGGAUGAGGGCUCCAGCAGCCGGCGUCGACGAAAGGAGGACGAGGAGAGCCCCGAGACAUGGGUCCUCCCUGAGCAAGCUAUGGAAAUCCGUGGUCCGACCUUCAUCACGCAUCCUUCUGACCCUUCACCUAUCUGCAUCACGUACGAUUCCACUCGCGGGCGAAUUGUGCUUCAUUCGCUGGACAAGGACAAGACAGAGGAUGCAGCAGAGCCGGUGAGCAUCCUACAGCGCACUCCUACCGAGGUCGCGCAGGUGUGGGUGACAACGCGGGUUGCCGGCUCUCUCACUAUAAAUCUGCGGACUGGAACGGGAGAAGGCAAAUUCCUGUCUUGCGACAAGCAUGGGCUGGUGUCUGCAGACAGAGAAGCUCGUGGGCCCCAGGAGGAGUGGACACCCGUUGUGUUCCCGGAUGGGAUGGUAGCGUUUCAGAACAUCUACGAGAAAUAUCUGGCCGUUGAUGAAGUUGCUGGAGGCACGCUAGCUCUGCGCGGGGACAGCGACGAAGUGGGCUUUGCGGAGCGUUUCUGGGUCAAGAUCCAGAGCAAAUACAAAAGGGAAGCGCACGAGGAAGAGAAGAAGAAGGAGGGCGUGAUGGAUGAAGGCAACGUAGACGAGGCUGGUACAAAUAAAAUGUUUCAGGCUUGGGGUGCCGGGAGAUCUGUCACUUCCGCAGAAGACAAGAAAGAGCUGAAACGCGCUAAGAAAGAGGGGCGGCUUGCCGAGGCAAUGUUAGACCGCCGUGCGAAGUUGAAGAGGUAA